GGUCUGUGGCCGGUAUUCCCAUUAGCGGUAGGAUAUCUAUUCCUGGUUAAUUUCGUGGUUGUCUUAUAAAAAUGAUACAGGACAUUUUGUUAUCGUGUCUAAAUCAAAGUCGAAAUGGUGCCGCAAUUAAAAAGUUUCUUGAAUCAGAUGCUGUGGAGAAUUUUAUUCAUCCAUGCGAGCGCGGUAUUCUUACAGAGAUUUUAAAUAUAAUUAACUAUGUCCACGAAGUGGUGGUAUUUACCAAUUCAUUUGGACUAGCAGGAAAGAAGAAAGCACAGAUGGCCACAGGUGAAAAGGCGGAUUCAAUAUAUGGAUUUUAUUUGGUGCAGUUCGCCCAAGGCGUUGAAAGUGGACUCGAAGACUACUACAAGGAGAUAAUACGCCUGGAAUCCUUGUGCUCACAGAAUGAGGUGACUUCGCUGUUGUAUGUUCACAAUGCCCUGCAAAUACAAUUGCCAGUUAUAAUGCAUCUGCGUAAAUUGGUACGAGAAGUGAAAAUGCAAAAAUUACAUGGCUGUGCCCUGCUCCAUAGUCUGCAUCAGCAGUCGGAUCACGGAGAUCCCAAUCUUCAACGCCUGAUGACCAAACUCUUAAAACCCGUGAAAUCUGCAUUUUUCUCACAUCUAGCACAUUGGGUUCUCUUUGGUGUGCUUGAUGAUGCCCAUUCCGAGUUCUUUAUCAAGUUUGUGCCUUAUGGCGAGGAUGAUGGCUCACAAAGCUCCGUGCAAACAGUUUCAUCAGAUACAACUCUCUUGAAUGUGGAUAUCAUGCGCAAUCCGGAGGAUUACAUAUGGCAAUAUGAAAUCAAUAUGAAGCAAUUACCCGGAUUCAUAUCCAUCUUAAUUGCCGAGAAAGUAUUAUUUGUGGGACAAACAGUUCUUCUAUUUAAAAUAAACCAAACUUCUGGUAAAAAACAUUCAAGGGACUUUGAUGAGACUUGCAGUGAUGAUUUAGGUGAUCUUUGGAAUGGCAAGGAACAGUUUUUCUACAACAUGAUUGAGAGUCUCAAUGAAUAUGAUCAAAUUAAUGUUUCUCAUAUCGAGCGUGUCAUUGUCGAAAUAAAGAAAUAUGUUAGUACACGACUUUCGGAAAUAGCUAUUAAGCAAACCGAUUUAGUUCGCCAAAUGUCCUUAAUUAAGGACUUCUAUUUGCUGGGUCGAGGUGAAUUCUAUAUGGAAUUUUUCCAUCAACUAAAACGUAUUGAAGCCGAAUCCGAAAUAACUGCCAGAAGUUAUACUAAAGCUUUUGAGUGCGCCGCAGUUGCUAUGAGUAUUAGUGAAGAUCUGGAAAACUUUACAUUAAGAGUGGAGAGAAGUCACACAGAUCUCGAUGAGACUUGCGAUUUUGAUAUCUUACGAAAUGUACAUUUGCAAUACAUUUGUAAAUUUCCAUUGAAUCUCCUGUUCUGUCCCAAAGUCAUUCUACGUUAUAAUAAGAUAUUUCGAUUUUUAUUAGUAAUACGUAAGCUUCAAAAAACCCUACAAGAUGUAUGGGCCAAUCAGACUUGGUCAGCAAAAACAACAAGUGGCUCGGUUAAUGUAAAAAUCAUGAAUUUCCGUAAUCAUUUAUUAUUCUUUCUGGAUAAUAUACAGUUCUACAUCCAAGUAGAUGUUCUCGAAAGUCAAUUUUCCAUUAUUAUGAAGGUGAUUAAAAGUGGCGCCGAUUUUGAAGAAAUUCAGAGGGCACACUCAGUAUUUCUUGCCAAUGUUCUGUCACAAUGUUUUUUGUUAUCCGAUGCAAACGCUUCGGAAAUGAAUAUCACGGAAACAGUAUGUAAAACACAGAAUCCAAUUUAUGGAACUAUCUUAGCAUUGUUAAAUCUCUGUGAAAAAUUUGGGAAUUUGAGCACCAGUUCAGAUUCAUCAGAUGAUUUGCUAGAGAAUGUCGAUCAACUUGAAGAAAGGUUUAACGUAUUGAUUGCCAGCCUUGUACAACUUUUGGUUGACAUAAAAUCAGCAUCCAUUUUGGGUCCAUUGUCGCAGCUGCUAUUAAGAUUGGAUUACAAUCAUUGGUUUAGUUCUGGACAAAACACAAUCAAUUCGAUCAGAUCAUAG